AUGACAAUCACUUCACGCUGGACAGCGCCUGUACCGCGCUGCUCCUUACAGCAAUGGAUAUUCGGCUCAGCAUGCGGGCCCCUCCCAGACCGCCGCGUCUUGAUCGACCCGGAACAGCCCGAUACAAACUUCUUGACCAUGAGCAACUACCGCCUCCUUUCCAAGCGUGUCGCCUUGGGGCUGCAAAAGGCCGGGCUCAGGGCGGGGGAUCGAGUGCUCAUCUUCUCCAACAACAACCUUUUCUUCCCUUCCGUUUUCCUUGGCGUGUUAAUGGCUGGUGGCAUCGUGACGGGAGCCAACCCGACCUUUGUGCCACGAGAGCUGGCAUACCAGCUACGGGACAGUGGAGCGAGCUUCUUGUUUGUCGCCGAACAUGCUCUGAAAACGGCCUUCGAGGCCGCAGCCGAGGUCGGCUUCCCACGGGACCGCAUCUUUAUAUUGGGCAGUCAGGGCUUGCUGGCCCCAGAAGUUGCCCGCACCUCGCAUCCCCAACCGGGAGUCAAGGGACGGGUGGACGGUACAAGACACUGGACAGAGCUCCUAGCUGGGAACGUGUCGCAGGCCGAGGACUGGAGCUGGACAGAGCCCACGGAUCCCGAACAAACGACGUGUUGCCUCAACUACAGCAGCGGUACGACUGGGGUUCCCAAAGGCGUGGAGAUCAGCCACUAUGCCUAUGUCGCCAACGGAGUGGGUGUCAUGCAUAUUCACCGGCUGCGGCCCGACUGGGCUGAGAAGCUGAAGCGCGAUCGCGGGCUCUGUUUCCUUCCACUCUAUCACGCAUAUGGCCAGACGUAUUUUGUUGCCAACUUUCCGCAUCUCGGCGUGCCGGUAUACGUCAUGCCCAGUUUCGACUUUGUGAAAAUGCUCGAGUACAUCCAGCGUUUCCGCAUCAACAUGCUGGCAUGCGUGCCUCCCAUCAUAGUCGCGCUCGCCAAGCACCCUCUUACCAAAAAGUUCGACCUCUCAAGCCUCGAGACUGUCGGUUCUGGAGCCGCGCCCCUGGCCCGCGAGUUGGCCGAAGAAGUUCAAAAACUCUUUCCCGGCCGCGAGCUGUACGUCCGCCAAGGAUGGGGAAUGACCGAGGUCACUUGCACCUGUAUGGCAUGGGAUCCCAUGACACGCAUUGGCACUUCGGCAGGCGUUGGCGAGCUGCUUCCCAACUUCAAAGCGAAGCUGAUGUCCGUGGACGGUAAAACGCCAGUCGAAAAGGCUGGCGAGCAAGGGGAGCUCUGGGUGACGGGUCCCACGCUGAUGAGUCGCUACUGGCGCAAGCCAGAGGCCACCAAGGACACCAUUGUUGUCGACUCCGACGGAACGCGCUGGCUGAAAACGGGCGACAUCGCCUUCAUCGAGGAGUAUAGGCCGGGCGGCAUCUUCCAUGUGGUUGACCGUGUCAAGGAACUGAUCAAGGUCAAGGGGAACCAGGUAGCUCCUGCGGAGCUCGAGGGCAUCUUGCUCGAGAACUCGGACGUCAUGGAUGCUGCAGUUGUUGGUGUAACCAUCAACGGCGAGGAGAUGCCCAGGGCCUACGUUGUGCGGAGGCCCGGCUCCAAGGUUUCAGAACAGGAUGUAGCAAAGUGGAUGGAGGGCAAGGUGACACGGUAUAAGCGGCUUAAAGGGGGCGUCGCCUUCACCGAUGCAAUCCCCAAGAAUCCUUCGGGCAAAAUUCUUCGCAAGCAGCUCCGGGACCGGGCCCAGAAAGAAGUCGGGGACAGUGCACCAAAAUCUUCCAAGCUUUCAUAA